AUUACUGGUUCACUGACACGCGGGACCCACGGCAACGGCCCCUUUGUCCCUCUUCAACUGGCUGCCUGGCUCCCUCCUCGGCACACACUCCACGCACCCCCAAACUCCACUCCAGAUCCGCGUCCACGAGACCACCCCAAUCAGAUCGCUGACGCUGAGCAAGAGGGGGAGAAAAUCCCAUCGCGGCGCGGCGGAUGGGGGCGGUGACGGCGGCGGUGAUCGCCAUAGCGGCGGUGGUGCUCGGCUGGAUCACCAUCGAGAUGGCCUGCAAGCCCUGCCUCGAGACCGGCCGCCGCGCCAUGGACCGCGCGCUCGACCCCAACUACGACCCGGACUCCCCCACCAACGCCACCACCACCACCAACGCCGGCGCCUCCGCCACCGAGCCGCUCCUCGGCGACCUCUCCGCCUCCACCGCACCGCCCGCCAAGGCCAUCUGAUCGCCUCAUCCGAAGGGACCAGCCCGGACCGGCAGAACGCAGCAGUAGGCUUUGCUCCGUCCUCGUGAUCUUGUUUGUUCCCGUGUAUGUGCGUGUGCUUAUGAGUUGUUCGUGUGAUUUUGUUAAGAUAUGGUAGCAAACUGCUAUCUAGCUGUGUAAGCAGCUGUAGAAAAAAACGACAGAACAUGGUUCAUCUGAGUGUCUUGACUACUUACAUGAUCCUGAUUA